GACAAGUUCAGAGAGUGCACCGUGCUCACCAUCGCUCACCGCCUCAACACCAUCAUAGACAGCGACAGGAUCAUGGUGCUAGAUGCAGGGAGAAUUCAGGCCUAUGAUGCACCUUACACGCUGCUUCAAGAUCCAGAAGGAAUCUUUUGCAAAAUGGUGCUGCAGACCGGCAGGCAGGAGGCAGCAGCGUUACUGCAAGCGGCCAAACAGGCAUACAACAGCAAAAGCCGUCCUGACGUCGCUAACGGACACGCGGAGACGGCAGAUGGUCACUUGGUGAUCUUUGAGACGGCGCUGUGAGCUCGUGGAGGGGAUUCCUCGGAUGUCACAAAGUGCCUGCGCGCUCGCAAAUGGCCGACCGAAAGACUUGGUCGCUGUAGACCGUCCGGAGACGGGACCCUGAGAGGCCCUCCGCUCGCUGUGCCUCAGCCAAAUGUACACGUGCACAUUUAGCCCACUCAGAGAGCGACAGCUUCAAAUACAUGGCUAUUUAUUUACCGUGCUGUACGUUUGCCCUCUGUCUGAUGAUGCCUUGAAGAAGUUGCUUAUUUAAUAUAUAUAUACGGUAUAUAUAUAUACACACACACACGAGUGCCUUAUUUUAAGUUUGCACAUGUGACAAGGCCAGUGUCUGAUCUAUCCGUAGUAGCCUUGUGUCUGUUCGUACAUACGGGUAGUAUUAUUGCACGCCGCUGAUCCUUGUCAAAUCAAACUCAAAACAAAUGUUUCGGCAAUCUCGUUACUCAUUGUUUUUGUACAAUCCUGUUGACAUUUCUGUCAUCUACACUAGUUUAAAACUGCAGUACAUCAAUCUUCGGACUUAACAGUUUCCAGGUGAGGACGUGUCCAAUUCUGAGGACGUGUCCAAUUCAUUUGUUAGAAUGACAUUACACUUUUAAUUACUUUUUAGUUGGUUUACCAAUUUGUCUUAAAUAUGUUUGUAACUUUGUUCUCAAAUGCUGAAUACAAAUUUUACAUCUUG